CAAAAUGAUCAGUAUAUAAACUAAAAUCGCUCGGAUGAAAUUCAUCAGUUCAUCGUUUGAAACUUUUACACCUUUUUUCCAUUCCUCUACAUUGGUACACUAGCCUAAGUGGUGUACAAUGAAGUCUAUUCUCUUUGUCGCCUUGUGCGCGCUUGCGACCGCCAAAGCAGGUUACAGUUACGGAGGUCAUGAAGGACACGACGAAGGUCAUCACGACGUCUCUCACACGGUAGAAAUCACUAAACCGGUUGCUAUUCCGGUUUACAAACACGUUAGCGUACCGAUUCCGCACGCCGUACCGGUUCCACUACCGAAACCGGUUGCCAUCCCGGUACCGCAGCCUUAUCCGGUACACAUCCACGUCCCACAACCCGUUGCUGUGCCCGUAAUCAAGACCAUCACCAUUCCCGUGGAGAAACCGGUACCUUACAAGGUCGAGAAGGAGAUUCCCUACCACGUGGAGAAACCCGUACCGGUUCCGGUUGAGAAGCACGUACCCAUUCACAUUCCAAGGCCAGUGCCGAUUGUUUUUGUGGCCUUUUUGGGACUUGCCUGUGCAGGCUUGAUACACCACAGCGAAAAAGCAACGAGUUAUCAAAAUGUCGAAAUGGUACACAAUCACGCAGUUCCCACAUACAUCAAAAAUGAAGACCAACAAUACUUACAUCACCCUGUAGCUAAAGGCAAAACCACCAGCAAGCUUCAAAUCCAUCACGGAGACAAGCACGACCACGGCUACGCUGUUGCCAAUGUACAAAGCCAAAAUGAACACCCUGUACACCACACCGGGUAUGAACAUUUAGCAGCUUCCCAGGGUCAAGUACAGUACGAGGUCCCCGAUCAAGGUCACCAUGAGUACGUCCAAUACCAGCCCGAGGAGGCCGCCGAUCACCAAGGUUACCAACAAAGCGACGACCAUCACCAAGGUUACCAGGGUGAAGACCACGCCCAAAUUCAACAACAGCUCGCCGAAGCUGCAGCUCAGCAAUAUCAGCACGAAGAAAGUCAUUAAUUUAUAUUUCUAGUCAAAUAUAAAAAACGGUUAUUCAGUAUUACAACAUCUGCGGCUAUAAAAUGCGAUUUAUGUUUGGAAAACGUGAGACUUUCAUAUUUUUUUAUCGUUUCUAUGCAACAGAUUGUUAAUCUACACAUUAUGUUUUAUUUAUAAAGGAUGUUAAGUAUCCGCGGUAUUACCAAUUUAAUGCAAU